UAUAUAACCUCAGAGCUUUCAGAUAGAAUGCAUCAUCCCAGAGCAGCUAUCCCCAGCCAAACACUGUCAGGGGCCAUUUGCUGUCUGGAGGGCCUGAGGACAUUGACAUAGAAGAUGUGUGAGGAAGAAGACAGCACUGCCCUUGUUUGUGACAAUGGGUCAGGGCUCUGUAAAGCUGGCUUCGCUGGGGAUGAUGCUCCAAGAGCAGUUUUCCCCUCCAUUGUGGGUCGUCCCAGGCACCAGGGUGUGAUGGUUGGUAUGGGUCAAAAAGACAGCUACGUAGGUGAUGAGGCUCAAAGCAAGAGAGGAAUCCUGACCUUGAAAUACCCCAUAGAACAUGGCAUCAUUACAAACUGGGAUGACAUGGAGAAGAUCUGGCAUCACUCUUUCUAUAAUGAGCUCCGUGUGGCACCUGAAGAACAUCCAACUCUGCUGACUGAAGCACCACUGAAUCCCAAAGCCAACCGAGAGAAAAUGACCCAGAUUAUGUUUGAGACUUUCAAUGUGCCAGCCAUGUAUGUAGCUAUUCAAGCCGUUCUGUCCCUCUAUGCUUCUGGACGUACCACAGGGAUUGUGCUUGACUCUGGGGAUGGUGUCACCCACAAUGUGCCAAUUUAUGAAGGCUACGCCCUGCCACACGCCAUCAUGCGUCUGGACCUGGCUGGCCGUGACCUGACAGACUACCUCAUGAAAAUCCUGACGGAACGUGGCUACUCCUUUGUGACCACUGCGGAGCGUGAAAUUGUCCGUGACAUCAAGGAGAAGCUGUGUUACGUGGCCCUGGACUUUGAAAAUGAGAUGGCCACUGCUGCCUCUUCCUCCUCUCUGGAAAAAAGCUAUGAGCUUCCUGAUGGUCAGGUGAUCACUAUUGGAAAUGAACGAUUCCGCUGCCCAGAGACCCUCUUCCAGCCGUCUUUCAUUGGCAUGGAGUCUGCUGGCAUUCAUGAAACCACUUACAACAGCAUCAUGAAGUGUGACAUAGACAUCAGAAAGGAUCUUUACGCCAACAAUGUGCUGUCUGGAGGCACUACAAUGUACCCGGGUAUUGCAGACAGGAUGCAGAAGGAAAUAACUGCCCUGGCUCCCAGCACUAUGAAGAUCAAGAUCAUUGCUCCUCCUGAACGUAAGUACUCCGUCUGGAUUGGAGGCUCUAUUCUUGCCUCCCUGUCUACUUUCCAGCAGAUGUGGAUCAGCAAACAGGAAUAUGAUGAAGCUGGCCCAUCUAUUGUUCACCGCAAAUGCUUUUAAAUUGCUUUAUAUGUCUCCUUAGUGUAUUACUGUGAAUGUAUUCCAGAAAAUACAUUCUUAUAAUUUCAUUCCAUAAAUCCUUCAUCAUAAUUACUCUAACUAAUUGGAUACUGUGUAUUUUUUUUUUUUUUAAUAAGUUUUAAAUAUGCUAUGAACUUGCUGCUCCCAUGUGAAAAAAAACAAACAUGCGUUUGUGGAGGUACCAUUACAGCUGGUUUGAAGCUCCAUCUUGUGACAUGAAUUUGUUACUACACUAUACUGAUCUUAAAGUGGUACCUUUUGCUCCAUGAUACCAAUGCUAGAAAACGCUCACCUAUCAGGCUGCACGUUGUCAAAGUUCAGCCUCAGAAAACAUUUUAGUUUGCAAACAGAACCACUCUUGAUUUUUCCAGAGUUUUGGGAAAUGCCAAAGGAGCAUAGCAUCUGUUUGAUAUCAAGAUGAGCAUGUGCACUUUGCUUUGCAUCUGCUCUAUCCAGAAAUAUUAUCUAUCCACAUCACUUCUUAAUUCACAGCUGUCAUGCUGGAAAAGCUAAUUUCUUACAGUGUGUGGCCCAGAGGUGUCCGAUUUAUACUACACAAUUCUGUGUGUUUUCUUUAAAGAAACCAAGUCUGUUCCUUUGGGAGCAUAUCUAAACACUAAUAAAUUGAACACAUGACUUUCCUAUAAUAUGGCCUCAGGAAGAGUGCAGCCUGUUAUUUUAUGUUGUGAUUUCUGGCAGGGUCUAAAGGGUAAUUAAGCUGGCUUAAUACACUUUCUCUUCAGAACUUGUUUUGUUUUUGUUUUUUUUUUUUUUUUUUUUUUUUGUGGGGGGGGAGAGGGGGUUAACAAAGUAGAUAAAAUAAUUUAGACAAUUUCUUUUUCUGUGAUUUUUCUGAUUCCAUUUAUAGUGUUAAAUAAAUCAAAACUGAUAUUCAGCUAGAAGUAUAGCACAGAAGCUGAAGACAGUAAUACUGUCUUACAACUCUAUCUAUGAAUAAAGAAUUCACUGCGACAGACCUGGAAAAGGUCACUUCUAAGGAACUUGCUGCAAUCUGUAUUCAUUAGAGAUCAGGAUAAAGGAUGCUAUUUAUUUUUGUUACCUAUUUUCCUGUCUAAACUCAAUAGUUUACCUCACUUGCCUGUUACAUGUUACCUUUCAAACUAAGCUUUUUGCAACAGCACCUGUUAUUUAGCAUGUCUGUGUAACCCCUGGGUUUCAGAUCUUGUCCAGCUUCUGACUGUUAGCACACAUUCUAAACGUUUUUGUACUAACCUUAUUAUUUAAAGUGUAGAUCAUCUACGUUCUUGGAACAGAUACUAAAUAAACUCUUGUAAGAGCAAA